ACAUCUUAGGACAAGUUGACAGUAUCUCUCAGAUGAACCUCUGCUUAAAAGUAUGCCAUUUGUACAUGCUACUCAAUCUUCUUGAAACAUGGGUGAAAAAGACAACGAUAAGUACCACCAAGCUAAUCAAAUAUUUGAAAGCUUUGUUCAAGCCUCAACAUGCAAAGGUUCGAUUCAGGCUUUUAAUAUUCUCACUCGCCAUCUUGAAUUAGAUCCUUUGGACAACAGGAACUUUUAUGCCAAACUUAAAUCAAAAGUGACCAGCUGGAAGGCCAAAGCUUUGUGGAAUAAGCUAGAUAAAAGGGCAAGCCAUAAGGAAUAUAAACGUGGAAAAUCUUGUACAAGCACAAAGUGUUUGAUUGUUGGAGGUGGUCCCUGUGGCUUGCGAACUGCCAUAGAACUUGCCUUUCUUGGAGCCAAAGUCGUUGUCGUAGAAAAGCGAGACACUUUUUCAAGAAACAAUGUACUUCACCUCUGGCCGUUUACAAUUCACGAUCUUCGAAGUCUGGGAGCUAAAAAGUUUUAUGGGAAGUUUUGUGCUGGAUCAAUUGAUCACAUUAGCAUUAGACAACUUCAGCUUAUGCUCUUCAAGAUUGCACUGCUGCUGGGAGUUGAAAUCCAUGUGAACUUAGAAUUUGUGAAAGUUUUGGAACCUCCUGAAGAUCAAGAGAAUCAAAAAAUAGGUUGGAGAGCUGAAUUUCUCCCAAUGGAUCAUCCCUUAUCAGAAUUUGAAUUUGAUGUCAUAAUUGGAGCUGAUGGCCGAAGAAAUAGUUUGGAAGGUUUUAAAAGGAAGGAAUUUCGUGGAAAGCUAGCUAUUGCCGUUACUGCCAACUUUAUAAACAGAAAUACCACUGCAGAGGCCAAAGUGGAGGAGAUUAGUGGUGUUGCUUUUAUUUUUAAUCAAAAAUUCUUCCAAGAUUUGAAAGAAGAAACAGGAAUUGACCUGGAAAAUAUUGUUUACUAUAAAGAUAGCACCCACUACUUUGUGAUGACUGCAAAGAAACAGAGCCUUCUGGAGAAGGGUGUCAUUAUUAAUGAUUUUAUUGAUACUGAAAUACUACUGUGUGUGGAAAAUGUAGACCAAGACAAUCUAUUGUCCUAUGCAAGAGAAGCUGCCGACUUUGCGACUGAUUAUCAAUUGCCUGCCUUAGAUUUUGCAAUUAAUCACUAUGGGCAACCAGAUGUGGCCAUGUUUGAUUUUACUUCUAUGUAUGCCUCUGAAAAUGCUGCAUUAAUACGCGAGAGGCAUCGACAUCAACUGUUGGUUGCUCUUGUUGGAGACAGUUUAGUAGAGCCGUUCUGGCCAAUGGGUACUGGUUGUGCAAGAGGAUUCCUAGCUGCAUUUGACACAGCGUGGAUGGUGAAAAGCUGGGCACAGGGAAAGUCCCCUCUUGAUAUCCUAGCAGAAAGGUAAGUC